AGGUGUCCUUGGAUAGCCUUUGAAGUCUAUUUUCAUAAUUUAGUGGUCUCUGUUCGAGAGGAGUGAGUAAUCAUCCAAAAAUCGAUCUGAAGCGAGCAGUGGUCUGUGAAUUCGAGCUGUGAGAGUGCUGAGACUGUUUGGUUGAUAUCUCGAGUUUUACCAAUCCCAUUAAGGAGUGUGAGAUACCAAAAGAAAGCUCUCAAGACGAGGAAUCCGUGAAGGUCUGGUUUGCAUCAAUCGGAGUAGAGGAAGGCUUCCAAAUCGUCCGAGCAAAACACAACCUCGCAGAAACGGAUUUACUCUUCUAAAGUGAGUUGUUAACCCCAAAUCCUUUCCAUUCAUUUUCCAAAUGAUAUGAACGAUUGGUGGGACUAUUGUACACUAAUCCAAGUGUAUAAUAUGUCCUUGAAAAGUUAUUUUAUUGAUGUAAAGGUUAGAUACUAACCUAAAGCAAAUAUUGGAAAACUAGGAAUCGAGUUAGCCGGAAAACACCCGUUCUAGGGGCUGUUUUCGUAUCAACGAUUAGGGGUUGAAAUAGCAACUUGAGGAAGCUGUUUAACACCCAUUUUCAAGCAAGGAACCAGUUCUCAAUCUUCCUUGGCCGAGGCUUUGGUCAUUGGAUCGAGAAGGAAGGUUUUAAAGCUCAUUUGAGGUUGAGGCUAGAGCUUGCUUCUUGUGCUCGUUGCUCGAGAGAUCAUAUAGGAGGGAAGACUUGGUUCGUGCUUCCUCCAUUCUGUUUUUAAACAUUAAUAAACAUGCUCAUGGAUAUUUUACUGUAGAGCCUGCGUGCUCAUGAAUAGCCUUGUGUGGCCCUUUCGUUUUAAACAAUGUUUUCCGCUGCGUUACGAAUUACUUAUUAUGUUUGUUUAUGGAUGUGUAUGUGUGAAUGAUAUUCAAGACGCCUUGUAUAUUAUGAAUGUGUUGGACUGCGGUUGACUAUUCAUAUUGUACGGCGGGUUGUUGACGUGUCCGGAUAGGUCCGGGGCGUGACACCUUGACACUAAAUACAUGACUUCUAGUGUUUUGCUUCUCCAGGAACAUAUGAUUCCGAAAUGGCUCAACAAGCUCAGAAUUGAACGAUGGAUCAAACCACUGCAUCGUAUUAAAUAUAAUGUUCAUACUGCUAAUGAUAAAACUGGAGCGGUUUUGAGAAACUGGGGAGGUAACUUUAUCUGUGCUCUCUCUUCUGACUCCCCUGGCCAAUCUCUUCUCUUAUCCGAGCUUCGGGGAAACUUUGUCACAUUGUCUUGGGCAUGCAACAACGAUUAUAGUUCUUUUAUGGUUGAAGUUGACUCCUUAGCUGCUUAUCUCCUCAUAUCAAGAAGACAAAACACAAGUUUAUGGAAUAUCAAGAAACCGAUUGAUGACAUCCUCAAAUUAACCUCUCCCAACAACAUCUCAUGCACAUAUUGUUCUUCACAAGUUAAUGUUGUUGCCUCGCUUAUUCCCGGCCCACCCCGUUUCUAUUUUUCUUUGGCCCCACCUCCUUUAUUUUCUCUGCACUGUCUUCUUCUUUCUCCCUCUCUUCUUCCCACCAACCCAGACCUUCUCCCCCUAAUUUCUUCUUCAAUUGUAAUCUAUUCCGAC